UGCCGCAGUCCCGCGCCGUGACGUCGCCCCCGGCCCCGCCCAUGACGUCACGCCGGUGACGCCAGCGCGCGUCCCGGCCCCGCCCCGCCCGGCGCAGACAUGGCCGAGGAGUUCGGGCUGUUCGCGGGCGCGGCCGAGGAGGACCCCGCCGCCGCCUUCCUGGCGCAGCAGGAGAGCGAGAUCGCGGGCAUCGAGGGCGACCCCGGGCCCGGGAGCAGCCCGGAGCCGCUGCACGAGGACGCCGGGGCGCCGGACGGGGCGACCGCGCUCAACGGAGACCUCUUCCAGGGGGGCUGUGUCCCGCAGGAGUCCAACGGCCCCACGGACGCCUACGCCGCCAUCGCCAAGGCGGACCGGCUGACCCAGGAGCCCGAGAGCCUCCGCAAGUGGAGGGAGGAGCAAAAGCAGCGGCUGCAGGAGCUGGACGCUGCCUCCAAGGUGCUGGAGCAGGAGUGGCGCGAGAGGGCCAAGAAGGACCUGGAGGAGUGGAACCUGCGGCAGGUUGAGCAGAUGGAGAAGAACCGGGUUAACAACAGGAUUGCUGACAAAGCCUUUUACCAGCAGCCGGACGCCGAUGUGAUUGGCUAUGUGGCCUCGGAGGAAGCCUUCCUGAAGGAGUCGAGGGAGGAGGACCCGGGCACGGAGUGGGAGAAGGUGGCGCAGCUCUGCGACUUCAACCCCAAGAGCAGCAAGCAGAACAAGGACGUCUCCCGCAUGCGCUCGGUGCUCAUCUCCCUCAAACAGACGCCCCUGGCGCGCUAGCCCAGCCGGAGCGCCGCAGGGGCACGGCCCCCCACCAGCUUGCCUGGAUGCGCGCAGCAUGUGGGGCCCGUGGUGGCCAGCAGGGGUGCUGCCCCCGCCGCGAGCACCUCCUGCGGGCGGGUGGCUGUCGCUGUCCCCCUGGUUUUCCUUUGCUUAAAGGGUGCGUUGGUCUUUUUACACUUAUUUAUUACCGUGGUGGUUCCCUCGGUGGUGGGUGGGGUGGCUGGGCUGGGGCUCCUCCCUGCCAGGCCCCUGUUGCAGGUACCCCCUCCCCAGCUGGUGCCUGGGCCCAGGCUGGCUGUGAUGUUGGAGGUAGGAGUGUGACAUCACCGUCUGCUUGCGGCUCAGCGCGUGAGGAAUUGGGAUGUGCAGGGCUGGGGCAGGGGCUUGGGUGGGCAGGAGGUCCUGGCCUGGCCUGGCCUGGGGUGGUGUGUGGGGGCUGGAGAUGCUGAGCAGGGCAAGGGAGGAGCCUCCCCCAGGGAGCCUGUCCUCUGGGUCUCACUAAGAGCUUCCCGCCCCCUGGCUCCAGGCUGAAUGGAGCUGCCUUGAUGACUGCUGCUGUGAGGGGAUGCUGAGCUUGGGUGGCUGACUCUUCCCAGCAAGGCUUUGGCCCCCUGCCCAAGCUCCUUGCUGGUAGCAGAGGCAGGUGCUGGCUCUGUGCUGGGUAGGUCUGACCCAACCCCUUGUGGCUCAGCCCCCAGCCCUGGGAUCCCAGCCUGUGCUGAGGCCUGGUCCAGGAGCCUGAGAUCUGCUCCCUGCUGGGCUGCGUAGACACCAUAUCACCUCUUGGGCAUGUGCUCAGCCACCUGUCUGCAAGGACCUGGUGGGUGGGGAGGGCUGGGUACAGCUGGCAGGGAACUCGGGGCAAAGUCCACAGCACAUGGGCUGAGCCUUGCCUUAGGAGACCCUCUCCAGCCCCACCCAGGCCAGCUCUGCAGGGCAUUGGCUCUGGGGUGCAGGAGGCUGCUGGCUGGGUGUGGAGCUGCCCAGCAGGGCAGGACAGGAGUGUGCUACUUUGCACAGCUGGGGCUGAGCUGGUGCGGGGAGGAGGGGAUGGCAGCCCACAGCUCUGCCUAGGCAGCUCUGCCUGCCCCUUUGCUGCUCCAGGGGCCAGAGAGUGGGGCCUACCUCACUCUUGCAGCUGCUGGCAGAGCCCCCUUCACUCUGUUCUGGGAAGCCCCAGGGAGGCUGUUGCUUGCGCCCCGCAGAGAGAAGGAGCCCCCAGGCUUCCCCAGCCGGCCCUGACUGCUGCUGUCACCUGGGAGAGAAGGGACACCUGGCUCUGGGGAGGGCUGUGCCUGUGGCUGUUCUGUGUGUCCCCAGCUUUGGUAUCUGUGACCUUGUCCAAGCCACUUGUUACAAAUAAACUGACAGCUCCAAACCCA